AUGUUUUCUUCGCUGUUGACGGUUUGGGCAAAGGAGUUUCCUUUUCGGCCUUUCGGAUCCUCCUCCUUCUCCUUUUUUUUCAGCGUCAUUGGUCACAUUCUUAGCCGCUCAAGAGCUCCAGUUCGGUCAUUGGCCAGGUUAGUGAUGAAAGGACUUCCUGCGCCUGACGGUGGGAAUAGGGGAAGUGAUUCCGCUACGUCUGCAAAUGAUAGGGUGAUGGCUCCGGAGCCUAUAGGUUCACAUCCAAUUCACGUUCCCGUUGGAGUCUCAGACCUCCAAAAAGGAAAUGCAUAUGAUCAGCAUUCUUCUAGGCGCUGUGUUGUAAAGACAUGCUUUGAGAACUCUAGUAGCUCAUCAUCCGGUCUCAGUAGGUUCCGGGCAAACCGUAGUCAUGGGGUCCUUCCAGUUAUGUCUUUCAGUGGUCGCAUCCGCGGUGAAGAAAGAAGGGACUAUUUGAAACCAUUUCUUUCUUCUUCUGGGGUUAACUUCUUCCAUCGCCCGAUUCAAGGAAAGGUUCUGCUCUAUCUAUUGAAAUGGGAGGAAGUUGGGAAUCCCAGGUGUAAGGCAGAGUGCCAGGGUGGUGGAUCAUCUUCGCCUACGCAACGAAGAGAAGUAGUUUACUUGCUUGCUUCAAAAGCCCGGAGACUUGAAGUCCUGAGGUUCUGGCAGCUCAAUCGGGCUUGGACUAAGUCGUUCAUUCUACGAAGAAUGCUGGCAGAGGAAAGAAAUAGGAGGGCUUCGGCGGCUUGCGUGCGAAGUGAAGCCAUGAAAGCCUAA